CAUACAGUACAAAAACACUCUCUUUCUCUCUUUCUCUGUCUUUGACGUUAGAAGCUUUAAAUGCUUCACUUUACUCUCUCUGACACUACCCAGAAGGCAUAGAAGACUUAAGAAUAGAACAAACCAAACUUCACAGCACAAGCACUAAUUUAUACUUUUCUCUCUCCCACACUUUCCACUCCUCGAUCUUCAACUCAAUUCUCACUUGCUCUGUCUCUCUCCCUCUUCCAUUAAUGGCUUCUCUUACCUCGAGGCCUUCUUUAUUAUAGCUCUGCGUCCCUUUCGCCGCUUUCCCUGGGAAUCAAAAUCAAAUACUAUCAAAGUUUCCUUCUUUUUCAAAUUUCGUUACAUACCCUCUUCAAAAAAAGUCUUUUUUUUUCACCCUUUUAUUUUCUUGUCAAAUUCGUUAGUGUGAGUGAGUGCUCUUCUUGAAGGGAGUGAUUUUUGAAAUUCUGAACAGGAAAUAAGAAAAGGCCAAAAGGGAAUUUCCUGAAUUUGCUUUAAUUUGUUUUUCUCUUUUUCAUCUCACAUGGCUUUUAUUGUCUAAUCCUUUUAUUUCUUUAUUUAUUUAUUUUCCCCGUUUGUUUGUUUCUACUCCUUCUUUUUGUUUAUAUUCACUUAGUUUUGGAUACUUGCAACUUCUGUUUCCAUUCUGUGUCCUUUUCUAAGCAACCGUGCUACUGUGCUAAGAAGAAACUUCUCCUUCUGUUUGUGUGGUGAGGUGAGGUUUGGUGGUGCAUAUGUUGUGCUUUGUUACGACCUACCGACCUUUUCUGCCGGAUAUGCAACCUAAUGAUAACAGAGUUGUUCUUGUCGAGGGGUAGAAUUUUGGUGAAAUUUGAACGUUUCUCUUCAUAGCAUCAAUCUAUAAAUAUGAUGCAAUUCAGCGUGUGUGUGUUGUUUUUUGUGGUUCUUCUUGCUCCGCUUAUGUUGGUGGUUUCUGGGGACACUGGUUUCAAUGAUGAUGUGUUGGGUUUGAUCGUGUUCAAGGCUGGUUUGGAAGAUCCCAAAAGGAAACUCUCUUCGUGGAAUGAGGAUGAUAACAGUCCUUGCAAUUGGGAGGGUGUGAAGUGUGAUCCUUCAUCGAAUAGGGUCACUGCUCUUGUUCUUGACGGGUUCUCUCUUUCUGGGCAUGUUGAUAGGGGCUUAUUGAGGUUGCAGUUCCUUCAAAUUCUCUCCCUUUCAAGGAACAACUUCACAGGGCCCAUAAACCCUGAUCUUCCUGGCCUUGGGAAUUUACAAACUGUGGACUUCAGUGACAACAACCUCUCUGGGGAGAUCCCAGAAGGGUUUUUCCAACAAUGUGGCUCUCUCAGGACAGUUUCAUUUGCCAAGAACAACCUCACAGGUAAAAUUCCAGAGUCCUUGAGUUCCUGCUCCAAUUUGGCAACUGUUAACUUCUCCUCUAAUCAGCUCCACGGGGAAUUGCCUAAUGGAGUGUGGUUCUUGAGGGGGCUACAGUCACUUGAUCUGUCAUACAACAUGCUGGAGGGAGAAAUUCCUGAAGGCAUUCAGAAUCUGUAUGAUAUGAGAGAGUUGAGUCUUCAGAGGAACAGGUUUAGGGGAAGGCUUCCUGCGGAUAUUGGAGGAUGCUUACUUCUGAAAUCACUUGACUUGAGUGGUAAUUUUCUCUCUGGGGAACUCCCUCAGUCAAUGCAGAGACUCACUUCUUGCACAUCACUUAGUUUGCAGGGAAAUUCAUUCACAGGGGGCAUUCCUGAGUGGAUUGGGGAAUUGAAGAAUCUAGACAUGUUGGAUCUUUCUGCCAAUUCAUUUUCUGGUUGGAUUCCUAAGUCAUUAGGAAAUCUUGACUCUUUGCAUAGAUUGAACUUGUCCAGGAAUCAGUUCACAGGAAACCUGCCUGAUUCUAUGCUGAAUUGCACCAAGCUUUUGGCUCUUGACAUCAGCCACAAUCACUUGGCAGGCCAUGUUCCUUCAUGGAUUUUUAAGAUGGGUGUGCAAAGCAUAUCUGUUUCUGGGAAUGGCUUCAGCAAGGGCAAUUAUCCUGCACUUAAGUCCACACCUACAUCUUAUCAUGGUCUUGAGGUUCUGGAUUUGUCAUUCAAUGCAUUUUCUGGUGUGCUUCCAUCUGACAUUGGAGGACUCAGUAGCCUACAAGUCUUCAAUAUCUCUGCCAACAACAUCUCUGGUCCUAUUCCUGUGGGUAUAGGUGAACUUAAGUCUUUGUACAUUAUUGACCUAAGUGACAACAAGCUUAAUGGAAGCAUUCCUUCUGAAAUAGAAGGGGCAAUUUCACUCAGGGAGCUAAGGCUGCAAAAGAACUUCCUAGGAGGAAAAAUUCCAGCACAAAUUGACAAGUGUUCAUCUCUAACAUUUUUGAUUCUUUCUCACAACAAGCUCACUGGUCCAAUCCCUGCAGCCAUUGCAAACCUCACCAAUCUUCAAUACGUAGAUUUGUCAUGGAAUGAACUCUCUGGAAGUUUACCCAAGGAGUUAACAAAUCUUUCUCAUCUUUUCUCAUUCAACGUGUCCAACAACCACCUUGAAGGUGAACUACCAGUGGGUGGCUUCUUCAACACCAUCUCCUCCUCCUCAGUCUCCGGUAACCCAUUGCUGUGCGGUUCUGUUGUCAACCACUCUUGUCCAUCUGUUCAUCCCAAACCUAUUGUCCUGAACCCCAAUUCUUCAGGUUCCAACUCCAGCAUUUCCUCACAGACCCAUCGGCACAAAAUCAUACUAAGUAUCUCUGCUCUUAUUGCUAUUGGAGCUGCUGCUUUUAUCGCCAUUGGUGUGGUGGCUGUUACUGUCCUAAACAUCCACGUGCGUUCCUCAAUGGAACGUAUGCCUGCUACAUUUGCAAUGUCCGGGGGAGAGGACUAUAGUGGUUCGCCUGCAAAUGAUCCAAACUAUGGCAAGCUUGUCAUGUUUUCUGGUGAUGCAGACUUUGCUGAUGGAGCGCAUAAUCUUCUCAAUAAGGAAAGUGAAAUAGGCCGAGGUGGAUUCGGAGUUGUUUAUCGCACUUUUCUUCGCGAUGGACACGCAGUUGCAAUCAAGAAGCUUACAGUCUCCAGUUUGAUCAAGUCCCAGGAAGACUUUGAGAGAGAAAUCAAAAAGCUUGGAAAGAUCAGGCACUCCAAUCUCGUGGCACUUGAAGGCUAUUACUGGACAUCAUCCUUGCAACUCCUUAUUUAUGAGUACCUCUCAACUGGGAGUUUGCAUAAACUUCUGCAUGAUGAUAGCAGCAAAAACGUCUUCUCAUGGCCACAAAGGUUCAAGAUUAUUCAUGGCAUGGCAAAAGGGUUGGCCCAUUUGCAUCAAAUGAACAUAAUCCACUACAAUCUUAAGUCAACCAAUGUUCUCAUUGAUUGUUCCGGUGAGCCAAAGGUUGGAGAUUUUGGCUUGGUGAAACUACUGCCAAUGCUAGACCAUUGUGUUUUGAGCAGCAAAAUUCAAAGUGCACUCGGAUACAUGGCGCCGGAGUUUGCUUGCCGGACGGUUAAGAUCACGGAGAAGUGUGACAUAUAUGGUUUUGGUAUCCUUGUGCUGGAGGUGGUGACAGGAAAAAGACCUGUGGAAUACAUGGAGGAUGAUGUAGUGGUUCUGUGUGACAUGGUUAGGGGUGCAUUGGAAGAAGGCAAGGUGGAACAAUGUGUUGAUAGAAGACUUCUUGGUAACUUUGCUGCAGAGGAAGCAAUUCCUGUGAUAAAAUUAGGGUUGAUUUGUGCAUCACAAGUGCCAUCAAACCGUCCAGAUAUGGCUGAGGUAGUCAACAUACUAGAAUUAAUCCAAUGUCCUUCAGAAGGACAAGAAGAAUUAGAAUGAGUUUUGUUGCAGUCUUUGAGAAACAGCAUAUAUUGCAGUACCUGGUGAAGCACAAUCCGGUUAAAAAGCUCUACACAUUCAAAGAAUAUCAUUCAGUCACCAACUUUUGUUUGUUCAAGUUGUUGAAAUUUUCUUCUCUUUUUGCUCUCUUAAAUUUUGUUCAUCUCUUAAUGUAUUACUGGAUUUUUCUUCACCAGUUAGACGACUGAUACAAGGAUAAUAUAUCACAUAUCAUUAUAUCA